AUGUAUGAUACGGAAACUACGGCGCUGCUCCCUACGCACUCCCAGUCCUACAAGCACCCUUCUGUAGAACGCAGCGGCAGAGUAUGCGAAAUGGGGAAAGCAGACCACGAUGUCGAGGGCCGCAGGGUCACCGCCGAAAUUGGCGGGGAGGCACAAAUUGCUACGGUUGCAGAGACGAGCAUGGACUUUAGAACCGCUAUCAAGCUUUACCCGAAAGCAGCUGCAUGGUCGUUGUUCUUUUCCCUGGGAGUGAUAAUGACUGGCUUCGAUCCCCAGAUCAUGGGUAACUUAUAUGGAGUCCCAAAAUUUCAGGAGGACUUUGGGUAUAUUUUCAAAGGAAAAUGGAUAAUCUCUGCCGCCUGGCAAUCUGGUCUUAGGUUCGUGACUGGUGGAAUCGGCCCUAGUUCAAAUACAAUCAUUGAUGGUCGUCUAGCAUGGGAAGCCCGGUUGGUCAAGUCGUGGGUGCUUAAGCGGCAAGUUAUCCAAUGGAGUGGUUUGGGCGGAAGUCGACGUUCUUGGUUCGUUGGAGUGACUUGCGUGAUCCUCACUGCGGGAUGCGUCUUUAUCCAGUUUUAUGCUCGUUCUCUCCCUGUGUUGCUGGUGGGCGAGCUGCUCGGUGGUCUCAUCCUCGGCUGUUAUGCGGUCAUUGCUCCAGCAUACGCUUCUGAAGUUUGCCCGGUCGCUUUACGAGGUGUGUUGACCGCGUACAUAAACUUAUGUUUUGUCAUCGGCCAGUUUAUCGCGAAUGGCAUAGCUGCCGCCACCCAUGGACUAGAUUCGCAUUGGGCCUAUAGUAUUCCGUUCUCCAUGCAGUGGAUUUGGCCAGCGAUUAUCCUUUCGGCUAUUUUCUUCGCUCCUGAAAGUCCCUGGUGGCUGGUGAGGAAAGGAAGACUUGACAACGCUGAGAUGUCACUUCGGCGGCUAGCAUCCCCAAGGGUGGACGUCAAGGCGACCUUGGCAAUGAUCAUUGAAACUGAUCGGCUGGAGCAGGAGAUGGAGGCAGGCACUACAUACCGGGAUUGCUUUAGGAAGAUCAAUCUUAGGCGGACUGAAAUUGCUAUCGGCGUUUAUACUAUCCAAGUCUUUAGCGGAAUAUAUCUCAUCGGUUUCUCGACUUAUUUCUUCACUUUGGCUGGCCUGUCAACAGAUAAUGCAUUUAACAUGGGCAUCGGGUUCCUUGGUGUUGGAUUCGUAGGGACAUGUCUAUCGUGGGUGCUGCUCUCAUAUGUUGGUCGAAGAACAAUCUACCGCAACGGCUUGGGGGUAAUGGCUAUUAUUCUGUUUAUCAUUGGCAUUCUGGACUGUACCCCCAACUACCUUGAUCGACCUGGCGUGAUUUGGGCGCAAUCGUCGAUGAUGCUGGUCUGGAAUUUCACUUACAAUCUAUCCGUCGGGCCCAUCUGCUUCGUGAUCCUAUGUGAAUGCUCGGCGACGAAGGUUCGUUCCAAAACCAUUGCCAUCGCUACGGCUAUCCAGGCGAUUUUUGGAAUUGUCAUGACUGUUGCCAUUCCACAUAUGAUCAAUCUGGACGCGGGAAAUAUGCGAGGGAAGUUGGGAUUUUUCUUUGGAGGUUUAUCUAUAAUUUGCCUCCUGUGGACAUGGUUUAGGGUACCAGAAACGAAAGGUAGAACAUACGAAGAGCUUGACAUUAUGUUUGAGCGCAACGUACCAACUCACCAAUUUAAGGAUUAUAAAGUCAUAUAA